UCAAGUGAUCUGAACGCAAAAAUGGUUGUGAGCUAUUCAACACAAGAUGUUUUUACAUUGUGGAUAUGCGAAUAAGAUUUGUCGUUAAUACACCAGAUGGAUUAAUUUUUUGCAGUAUAAUUAAACGAAGUCGUUGGGUAUUUUUCCGGUUGUUGACAUUGUUGUAUUGUUAUUUUUAAACCGAAGUAGUUAUGGUUACUUUCUAUGUGCAGUCAUGACAAAUUGUUACCAGAGAAAUAUUACUAGUAUAAUUUUUAAUUUUGUUACUUGUGGUAGAAAUAAGCAGCCAUGUUUCGAAGUAGAAGCUGGUUUGGAAGCGGAUUGUGGAAACCCAAAAAUCCGCAUUCCUUGGAGCAUUUGAAGUACCUGUAUAACGUCUUAUCAAAGAAUCAGAUUGUGUCAGAGAACAACCGUGGACUCCUGGUUGAAACAUUGAGGUCAAUUGCAGAAAUACUCAUCUGGGGUGAUCAGAAUGAUAGUAGUGUAUUUGAUUUCUUUUUGGAGAAGAAUAUGCUUUCAUUCUUCUUGAAGAUAAUGAAACAGAAAUGUGGCAGCUACGUGUGUGUUCAGUUACUACAGACGUUGAACAUACUUUUUGAAAAUAUUCGGAAUGAAACUUCUCUAUACUAUCUUCUGAGUAACAACCACGUCAAUUCAAUAAUUGUGCACAAGUUUGAUUUCUCAGAUGAAGAGGUGAUGGCCUACUAUAUCUCAUUUCUUAAGACCCUGUCUCUGAAAUUAAAUGCCCAUACUAUCCAUUUUUUUUAUAAUGAGCACACAAAUGAUUUUCCAUUGUAUACUGAGGCAAUCAAAUUCUUCAAUCAUCCAGAAAGUAUGGUACGCAUUGCUGUGCGAACCUUGACACUCAAUGUGUAUCGAGUGGAGGACAAAUCCAUGCUCAAGUUUAUUCGUGAUAAAACAGCUGCACCUUACUUUUCUAAUUUGGUGUGGUUCAUUGGCAACCAUAUCCUGGAAUUGGACACUUGUGUUCGCAAUGAUGCAGAUCAUCAGAGUCAGAACCGACUGUCAGACUUAGUUGCAGAACACCUAGACCAUCUUCACUACUUAAAUGACAUUCUUAGUCUGGACAUUGGAGAUUUGAAUCAGGUGUUGACAGACCACCUGCUUAACAAACUGCUGAUACCCCUUUAUGUGUAUUCACUUACCAAACGCAGACGCCAUUCUCAACUAGAGGACACAAAACCACAUGUCAGCAGUGUCCUAUCAUUGUUCCUGUUGUCACAAGUGUUUCUCAUCAUCACACAUGUGCCUCUGGUUCAUGUUCUGGCAUCACUCAUCCUUACUGGUGACAUGGACAUCUUUUCCCAGGGAGCAUCUGAAAAACUUACUUCUUGCCAUAUGGCUCAGGGCACAGCAACCAUCAAACCUGGCUUUGUGGCUCCAACAGAGACUCUGGAAAAAUCACUUGAAAGUAACACCACUUGCUCAAUAAAUUCAUCGGAACCUGAAACUUCCCAUACUACUGAAUGUGAGACAGCAUCAGGCACACAAGUAGAUUUGGAUCCAGCUGCCGCCGCCGAAAAUGGUUCAGUAGAUUCCAAGGAAGUUAAUGUGAACAUCACAGAUGAGGAGAAGGAGCAGCGACUUUCUCUUGAGAAUGGGGUUACACCACCAGCACCACCAUUGCCUUUGGCUGGUAAUAACUAUCAGCAACAAUCAUUGGCAAAUAAACCAUUCCUGGAGAUGAUUAUUAACACACUGCAGUGCUCAGAAAAUGACUAUGCAGCACUGUUUGCUCUUUGUUUGCUGUAUGCUCUUGGACAUAAUCCAGGUGUAAGCAGGGAUCUUCUGGAUGGUGUUCUCUUCCUGUCAGAGAAACCUAGCACCGAGAACUGGUACAAUACAUUGUUAGCAGAGAGACUCAUCAGGAUCAUAUCAACCAGCUGCCAGCCAAACUGUCGUGUACGUCUUGUAACACUAGAGCUGACUAUUCGACUCUUGACAAAACUAGUCAUGAAAAGUGGUCAGAGUUACCUUCAUGACUGUCACCUGGCCGCCAUUGAGGGUGCCAAGGAGGAAAGCACGUGCCUCCUUCGCAACUUCUAUAAGAGUGAAGAAAUAUUCCUGGACAUGUUCGAAGAUGAAUAUAGUGAGAUGCAGAAGCGACCUCUUAAUGUUGAAUGGUUAAUGAUGGAUUCCAACAUCUUGCUGCCACCUACAGGAACUCCAAUGACAGGCAUUGAAUUCAGCAAACGAUUGCCUUGUGGAGAGGUAGAGAGAGCCCAACGAGCAAUACGUGUUUUCUUCUUGAUUCGGGAGCUGUCCCUGAUGUUGGCAAUGGAGCCAGAAAUACAGCUGCCAUUGACAAACCCCCAAUCCUGUGUUCAGGUCAACAAUUUACUGGAUCUCAACAACAGUAACCUAAUAGCCUGUACAGUGGUUAGCAAGGAAGGCUCAAAGAUCCGCCGCUUCCUUGUGAUAGAUGUGAUCCAGUUGAUUCUGGUAGAGCCUGAUACUCGUCGACUUGGUUGGGGUGUUGCCAAAUUUGUUGGCUUUUUGCAGGAUAUUGAGGUGACAGGAGAUAAGGAUGACUCCCGCUGUCUUCAUAUCACAAUUCAUCGUCCAUUGUCAUCUGGCUCAUCUAUGAAUCGCGUGCCCUUGCUUUCAGCGCGCUUCAUUUUUGAUGAUCAUAUUCGUUGUAUGGCAGCAAAGCAGAGAUUGACAAAGGGUCGCAUCAAGGCCCGGCAGAAGAAGAUGCAUAUGAUUGCACAGUUGCUGGAUUUGCCCAGUAUUGUCCAGUCUUGUCCCUCACCACCAGCCUACACUGUACUUGCAACCACCUCACGGCUUGCAAGCAGUCGCCUGGGUCGAGAACCUAGUUAUCAUCGUCCGUUGUUCACUGCAAAUACCAAGGUUCCUGGAUUUGCCACUGUGGCCAUGAGGAGAGAGAGCCUGCCUCCUCCUGGAAGAUUUUCUCCGACGAACAAACGUUCAGACUCGCAAGAACGUUUAGCUCAUAGUGGACAUGUGGUUCGAUCUCGAGAAGGAUCCCCAAAACUGCCUCGACCACGAAGUGAGGAAAUUCCACUGGAAGACAUGGGCUCAAAGCUUAAACCUCGAGGUGGUAUUAGUAGUGUAGCAAGUCCUGCUCCAGAAGUAAAUAAUGGGGCAUCACAGUUCCCAUCCAGACGACCUUCUUUCCCAAGCUUAUCUCCAGCAGCUCCAGUUGGAACUACAGAGCCUCUGCCAACAGUUACAGUACCAACACUAGAGCCCCCAGUGGCAGCAGUGGGCAAUGAGAGACCUCCAGCACCACCAUCUGAAGAGACAUCAUUUACACAGUUGCCAUCUGAGAAUGAAGCAAUAGAUAAAGACGAGAGGAAGACUCGCAGGAGAGGAAUGGUUGAAACUGUGUGACAGAGGCUUUAAAAAGUGACUUGUACAAAGCAAUUUGAUUAUAAGAAGGCACAGGAGCCACAUUUAUUUUUCCACAUUGGCAACUUGCUCUUUUGUUAGGUUUGAGUAACUAUGCAGUGACUUACAUGAAAGGAAUAAUAUAUUUCUGUAAUUAUUAGAGCAUAAAAUUUGGGAAGAUAAAAAGUGUUACAAUGAUAUAAUAGAAAUGAGAUUAAUGUGACAUUCCCAGUGUCUGACUUGUGAUUACAUAUUCCUGGGAUUCUACAGUCGACUUCUGUUUUGGAAACAGUACAAGUACACUUGGUGCAGUGUCAUUAACUUAAUUUUUUUACAUUUACACAGAAAAAUUUAGGAUGGUUUCAUCUUGGUGUAUCCCAUUUUGUGCCACUUGUUCUUUGAACACUGAGCAUGUAAAAUGUUACACAAAAUGAAAUAAUGGUAGGACCUAGCUUCCUUGCAGAAGUUUUGAAAGUGUCGCAUUUACAGGUAUUUAUGCUCAGCAGUAUAAAAAUUUGUAAGUAUUUAUAUCUGGUUUUGUUUAUUAAUAUAUAAGCUUUGUUGUCCAUUUGGCUCAGGAGUGAAGUACAUUAUGUACUAUAGCUUUAGCAGUUCCAUUUUAUUAAUACAGUAACUUAAAGAUAAACCAAUCAUUAUGUGAAUCAGCUGUCAAAGAGGUAGGGGUUGAUUGUUCUUGUAGGGAUAUAUUGAGUCUUUCUUGUAAAACAAAUAAACUGUAGUAGAUGGCCCAGUGAACUUAAUUCCGUUAGGACAGAACAAGCUUCCUGUUUGUUCUUUGCAUAAUGUGCCUAUGUUUACAAGCUUUGUAGUGCUACAUAUUCAUCCUGAUGUGGAAAUAAUAAAAAGUCAUGUCAGUGAAUUAAGUAAAUAGCUCAGCAUAUUUAAUUUUUUUAAGUAAUAUACAGAUGUUUGCUUAUGUAAUUUUUCUAUCCAGACUUUUUGUAUUGAAAUGUACUGAUACAAUUUGUGAGAAUACGAAUGAUCAACAAAGGAAACUUAGUUGUUUUGUUACAUUUGAAAUUACACAAAAUUUACCUUUGCUUGGGAAUAGAAAUAUGUUUUUUUAAUAGAAA